UGUUUGAAAAUCGGACCGUUAAGCCUUUAGAGAAGGCUCCAAAUUGAUAGUUUCAUUUCAUCCUAAUUUUCCCGCCAUCUUCGUAAACUCCAUUAAUCAAAUCCAUAAAAUGUUCAAAUCUCGUUACAAAUCUCUCUAUUCCACACUCCAAACUUACUUUACAAAAACCCCCAAAUUCACAGUACCCAUUUCGCAGCUACACAGUAGUAACUCCAAAACCCUAAAUCCCAAUUCAAAGCUUGAUUUUGUUCUCGAUGAAGUUAAAAGGGUCGAUUCUUCAAGACCCAGAUACCAAAUAUCUCACCAAUCAUCAAAAAGCAAUGAACUCUGUGCUCAAAAUAAACAGACUGAACGAAAUGAUUCGACGGUUCAUAUUUCACAUCCCUGGCCUGAAUGGGUAGAUUUGAUGGAAUUGUUGUUAAAGAGAGGUUAUUUUGAUGCUAAAGAGAACCCGUUUGUAAAUGGUGAAUUGGGUUCGAAGGAAACGAACUGGAUUCGAACGGCCUGCCUUAAUUUUGCUCGGGAUCAAUGCGGGCUCAUACGGUUUUUCUCUCGGAGAGAUAUCCACUUCAUUGCAGUAUGUGGCUGCCCAAGCAUAGAUAGGAAAGUCGUCAACUCAGGGAAACGCCUUAGAGCACAUGUGCGCAUUGAUGAAGGAAAUGUUUGCAGCUCCUGCAAGAUGAGGGGAGACUGUGAAAGGGCAUAUGUCAAGGCACGUGAGGAUGAAGGCGGUCGCACUGUAGAUGUCAUGCGCUUUCUGUUGACCUACGGGCUUGAUUCCAAUUUGGUUAAUUCGGAUAACAAGUUAUCUCAAAACAAAAUCGUUAAGGAAUCUGUUAGAAGGUUGCUGAAGGAAAUGGUUGAUUAUAGCAGUAACCAAGAUGACACUGAUCCGCCAAAGGCUACUGAAGGACAAGCAAAUAUUCCAAUGAAGCAAGGGGAUUGGCUUUGCCCCAAGUGCAAAUUCCUCAACUUCGCCAGGAAUGUUCGAUGUUUACGCUGUAAUGGUUUAUUUCAAGAUAGACUAAGACGACUACAAGAGGAUCAAGAUCAUCUUCCAUUGAAAAAAGGAGACUGGAUUUGUGAAAAAUGCAAUUUCUUGAACUUUGCAAAGAAUACAAGAUGUCUACAGUGUGAAGAGAAACCUCCAAAGCGGCAGCUAAGUCUCGGGGAGUGGGAAUGUGAAUCGUGCAACUAUAUUAAUUUCAGAAGAAAUAUGGUGUGCUUGAAAUGUGAUCAUAGAAGGUCAAAGGCAUUAAAUUCUCCCAACAAUGUAUCUACUAAACCUGAACAAGAUAAUGGAGGCUAUAGUAGGUUGAGCUCCAACAACGCUGAAAAUGAAGCUGCGAAUGAUAAAUCUGAAAAACGCGAUAGAAAAAAUAGAAAAAAAGGUCCACGUAACUGGAAAUUUGUAGAGGAAGAAGAAGAUGACGACGACUCAAGUUUAUGCAACAAAGAUGCUAGAUAUAUGAACUUCCCAAUUGUAGGAGGUAAGAGCAUUUUGUCUCAAGAUGAACAAAAAAGAGAGAAAUGGAAGGCAGAGAUGUUAGAGAAGAAAAAUAAAAGUGUUAUCACAACGAGCGAAAGUGACGAAGAAGUUGAAUAUGAUGAUGACACACGGGGAACAUUCAAGUAUGUUGAAGCUACUUAUGAUGAAGAUAUGGCUGAAUGGUUUGGGCAUACGAAGAAAACUGAAUCGAACAGCUCUGUCUCUGCAACUCAUGAAAAUGGAGUUCCAUAACUGUAUGCGGUUUCUAAUAUGUUGCACAAAAACUUCUCGAGAAACAAUUUAAAAUGUGAAAACUCUUUAUUUAAAAUAUUAUUCUUGUAAAAAAAUUAUUUCAUCA